GGUGGAGAAAUACAGUCAUUACACCACAUGCGUCUAAGUUUCAGUCAUUUAACAGCAAUCAUGUGAGUGAACACUCUAAUUCUGAAAGUGAUUUCGAGGAAUUGAACUUGUUGUGUAUUCGUUGGACGUGUCAGAAGACCUAUGGCAGUUUUCAUGAGGAGAUUGCCACUUGGUCGAUGGCUCUCACGUUGGACGAAGGACGACUUCUCCUCGGUUGCGAUUUGUAGGUCAAGUAAAGCUCCACAGCGUGAAAAUUCCCUGCGCAGGUAUCGUUACUCGGGGAUAGACUUCCCUAAGUUCAACAAACAGCGAGUGACGUCCAUGUUAAGAUCCAGAGAACAGACUGUCCCCAUUGAGAAAGGUUCCAUUCUGUACUACGAGUCAAAUUUCCUCCCCUCUAAUGAUCCAAUAGAAGAUAGGCAUUCCGUGGCGCGCUGUCUCCAAACAGACGCCAUGCUGUUUGGCGUUUUUGACGGCCACGCAGGAGACUCAUGCGCCCAGAUAAUCAGCGAGAGGCUGUUCGAUUACAUAGCAGUGUCUCUCAUGCCUCCUGAAGUUUUGGAUCAAUUCUGCAAAUCUUUUCUGAGCAGAGGGAUAACGCUUGACCUGCUGCAGUGGUACUACCACAAGAAAACUUCGCAUUAUGAUGCAUUGCUGGGUGUGCAUAAAAACAACCUUCAUCGUUUCGCAGUAGAAACUCUGUCCACCCUCGAGGAUGAAUUCUCCUUGGCGUCUGCCUUGGAAGGUGCAUUUGUACGCUUAGAUAAUGAUAUAUCUAGCAUGGCAAUGCCGAGUAACAAUAAUGGACUGAUCAACUCACAGCUGUUAAAUAUAGCCCUAGCAGGCUCAUGUGCUAUAGUUGCCCAUGUGAAUGGACCGCAUUUGCACGUUGCCAAUAGUGGGGACUGCAAGGCUAUACUGGGACGCAUGAGUUCAGGCGGGAACAUUAAAUUUAUUCCACUUUCAAAUGAUCACAGUGCAAAUAACCCAAAGGAAGUGGAACGAAUCAGGCGCGAACACCCCCCUAAUGAGAAUGUCAUAAGGAACCAGAGGCUCAUGGGAAAUUUGGCUCCUCUGAGAGCUUUUGGCGAUGUUUGUUAUAAAUGGCCAAGUAAAGAGUUGGCAUAUGUGACAAAGCAUGCCGGGAAGCUCAAUAAUCCGUAUGCAGUGAUGCUUUCAAACUACUAUACACCGCCUUACUUGACAGCUAAACCAGAAGUGAUAUCAUACCGUCUGACUCCAGCAGAUCGUUUUAUGAUCCUAGCGACAGAUGGAUUAUGGGAUAUGUUGACCCCAGAAAAGGUCACACAUCUUAUUAGCGAACACAUGAUGGGGAAACAGACAUGGACAAAAUACGAAGCCGCAGGGACUUUGACUCUAGGAAAGAUCAAUUCAGAUCUCCGCAAGAGAAGAGUUGGUCUGGAGUAUAAACCUGAGGAUAUUAAUGUCGCAACACAUCUGCUGCGUCACGCUCUGGGAGGAAACAAUGGCGAGAAUGUCACCCAUUCCAAGUUGUCUGCGUUUCUUUCUCUGCCGCCAGAAUUGAGCAGGUCGUUCAGGGAUGAUAUCACAAUGAUAAUUGUGUUCUUUGAUGAUAACUAUCUUAGGGAUUAUUCAUCUGUCAGUGAGCCUUUCUAUUGAAGUGAUGUGAAUGUAGGUUAUGAUACAGAUUUAUUAAGCUAAUGUAUACUUGCACACACAAAAUAAAAUUUAAAUUGUGAAGUGUUUGGACUAGUGUAAAUGUUGGAUAUAUUUUCUUUUUUUAUCAGAGUGAAAAUGCUCAGAAAAUUGUUAGCUCUGAUGAGCAACUGCCAGUUAAAGUUUUUUAAAUUAGGAAUUCCUUAGUAUAGGUUGUUAUUAUUAUUAUUAUUAUUAUUAGUAGUAGUAGUCUGUGACUUUAUCUCUACCCUAGAUGCCAGUAAAACCAGACAUGAGCUUUUUCUGUUGAAAUUCAAUUCUAAGGCAGCUCCUGAACCUCCAACCAGUUAGGUGUUGG